GGCCCGGAGCGGUGUCACCUCCCGAUCGGAUACCGGCACAAGGCAAGUGUGCAUGAGGAGAUAAACAGACCCCAGAUCUGCCCUGCCUGCGCUGCAGAUAAACAGUCUGCUGCGCCUUCUCUGGGCCUCUCUGGGCUCCACGAACUCCAUCUGCAGGAGAACCUAUUAAUAAUGAAUGGAACGGGCAGCAGCCCCUGAAUUGAAUAUGUCGCCUUGAAACCAGAUUAUUUUUCCUGAGCCCUGAAGCAAGGUGGUUUCGACUGGACAUAAUGGCUGACCAGGAGGAGGCAGGGCUGUCCGAGUCCCUGCAGAAGGAGGACGGGUUCUCCAGCGAACAGGAGGAACCAGGAUCAAACUUCAAAUCUAAAAGUAUGCCGAUUUUAAAUGACGCGGGUCCACAUAAGGAGACCUUACUGGCUGGUUCUGGGCGGAUGUCCAUAACGGCGGAGGAGAGCGCAGAGUUCAUUCAGCUACCGGCCAAGACAGAGUCCCCACCGAGGACCAGCUACCUGCCCAAGUCCGGGAAGUCGGCUCUGAACAGGCCGAGCUCCUACAUGGAGAACACUGAGAUCAGAAGGAGUAAGACCAUGGCGAGGAGGAAGGCCCCGGGGUUUUUCGCCUCUAGGCUAGCCUCGGUCCGUCUGCCCAGUCGGAAGCACCUGAGCGUUAUCUGUCAGGACUCUCGCUGCUUCCUGUUCUGCAUGUGCUACCUGACCUUCAUCCAGUCCCUCAUGGUGUCGGGCUACCUCAGCAGUGUCAUCACCACCAUCGAGAAGAGAUACAGCCUGAGGAGCUCCGAGUCCGGCCUGCUCGUCAGCUGCUUCGACAUCGGGAGCCUCCUGGUGGUCGUCUUCAUCAGCUACUUCGGUGGGCGGGGCCAGAGGCCGCGCUGGCUGGCGGUAGGCGGUGUUUUCAUAGCCGUGGGCGCCGCCCUCUUCUCCUUGCCUCACUUCAUCUCCCCGCCCUACCAGAUCAAGGAGGUCAACUCCUCGUCCGCCAACGAGGGCCUGUGCAUGAACAGCAACGCCAGUGGCAGAGACCGUGUCGACAUCACUUCCUGUCCCAGAGACCAGGAGGGAAACGAGCACAACCUGUACGUGGCGCUGUUCGUCAUCGCUCAGAUCCUGGUGGGCAUGGGGUCCACGCCCAUCUACACGCUAGGACCCACCUACCUGGACGACAACGUAAAGAAGGAGAACGCCUCCUUGUAUCUAGCCAUCAUGUAUGUGAUGGGAGCACUGGGCCCAGCAGUGGGUUACCUGCUGGGAGGAGUCCUCAUCGGCUUCUAUGUGGACCCCGAGACCUCUGUCACCAUUGACCAGAGCGACCCGCGCUUCAUCGGCAACUGGUGGAGCGGCUUCCUGCUGUGUGCCGUGGCCAUGCUGCUGGUCAUCUUCCCCAUGUUCACCUUCCCCAAGAAGCUGCCCCCCCGACACAAGAAGAAGAAGAGGAGGAAAAAGCCGAGCAUGGACGACUUGUCCAGCGACGACGACGUCCUCAAGGAGAAGAGCAACAACAAGAGCCAGGCGGUCACCUCGUCCAUGGGCUUCGGCCGGGACAUCAGAGAUAUGCCCAAAGCCGCGGUGAGGAUCCUCAGCAACGUGACCUUCCUGUUCGUCAGCCUGUCGUACACGGCCGAGAGCGCCAUCGUCACGGCUUUCAUCACCUUCAUCCCCAAGUUCAUCGAGUCUCAGUUCAGCAUCCCGGCCUCCAGCGCCAGCAUCUACACCGGUUUGAUCAUCGUGCCGAGUGCCGGCGUCGGCAUCGUCCUGGGCGGCUACAUCAUCAAGAAGCUGAAGCUCGGAGCUCGCGAGUCGGCCAAGCUCGCCAUGAUCUGCAGCGGCGUGUCGCUCCUCUGCUUCUCCACGCUGUUCAUCGUGGGCUGUGACAGCAUCAACCUGGGAGGAAUCAACAUCCCCUACACCACCGGCCCGACUCUCACCAUGACCCAGAGGAACCUGACCGGGGGCUGUAACGUGAACUGCGGCUGUAAGAUCCACGAGUACGCUCCGGUCUGCGGCUCCGACGGCAUCACCUACUUUAACCCCUGCCUGGCCGGCUGCAGCAGCGUGGCUAACGACAGCACCGGGGUGCGUAACUACUCGGACUGCGCCUGCGUGCAGAGCCGACAGGUCAUCACGCCGUCCUCCAGCGGUCAGGGCAGCCACCAGCUGCAGCUCGUCAUCGUGAAGACCUACCUGAACGAGAACGGCCACGCCGUGUCGGGGAAGUGCGACCGCACCUGCAGCACCCUCAUCCCCUUCCUCAUCUUCCUCUUCAUCGUCACGCUCAUCACCGCCUGCGCCCAGCCCUCCGCCAUCAUCGUCACCCUGAGGUCGGUGGCGGAGCAGGAGAGGCCCUUCGCUCUGGGGAUGCAGUUCGUUCUCCUCAGGACUCUCGCCUACAUCCCGACUCCCAUUUACUUCGGUGCGGUCAUCGACACCACCUGCAUGCUGUGGCAGCAGGACUGUGGGGUGCACGGCUCCUGUCAGGAGUACGACGUCACCUCCCUGCGCUUCGUCUACUUCGGCCUCGCCGCCAGCCUCAAGUUCUUCGGCUUCUUCUUCAUCUUCCUCACCUGGUACUCCCUCAAGUACAAGGAGGAGCGGGUGGAGCGGUGGGUGAAGCGGCACCUCUCGCCCACCGACACUGUGGGCAGCCUGGUGUGCCACCCGGGCGGCCACAAGGGCCACGCCCGCACCCGCUCCUGCCCCGUCAACAUCCCGAGAAGCGACCCCAGCACGCUGCCGGCUCACGCCCCCCCCCGCGCCGGCGUCCUCAACCGGGGGGUCAGCACCCAGAGCUGCCCCGGCAACGAGCUGAAAGCAGUAACCCCUCCCCCGCCUGCUGCACCAUCAACACCAUCAGCAACACCCACCCCCACACCGGCCCGGUCACUGGAACACGUUUCAGACCGAGUCUGAGUUUCAGAGGGGGGGGGGGGGGGGGGGGGCGAUGAGCCAGGUCUCACUCUUUUAUUCUGAAAUCCAGUCACAUGGGUUUUAGCUGGCGUCACCAGGCGGAGGUCCCGCCCUCAUCUCAUGGCUGAACACACACUUCAGUUCUGUCUGCGUCACAGACCAACAACUGGGGGUCCUGAGGUAUCGUCUCUGAAGGUCCAACCUGUCUCAUCUCUGAAGGACCAGCCUGUCUCAUCUCUGAAGGACCAACCUGUCUCAACCUGGAGACACCGUCUCCGUCAUGAAACCUCCGCUCGAUGGUGAAAACGUUGCAAGCGGCCGGUUGUUUUGGUUGUUAUCCACCAGAGGGCGCAGCGAGCAGACAACGACAGCUUUGCUUCUGCCGCUUGGGACGGAGGAGAGUUCAUCGCCCCCCCCCCCUCACCCCCACGGCAAUAUGUGCCUUCUGUCCCCACGGUCCACACACCUCACAGGUAGAGAGCAUGUACAUGAAUGCACCAGGACGUCCCAGCCUGAACAGGCGUCUCCACUUCACCCGUCCUCCAGCUUUCCCUUCACCCCUGCGGUCUGCUUCUCUUCUUCCUCUUCUUCCUCAUUGGUCCUUUUUGUUUCUUCACCAUCAUGUGAGCGGUUUUAGUUUCCCCUGCAUAUCAACGCUCACGAAAGAACAACAAAAAAAAACAGAACAUGGAAAUGUGUUACACUGCGAUUUGUGCAAGUGAACAGGAACCGAUGGCAUGGUGCUACGUGGAAAAAAAAACUAAAACUGAAAAAAACAAUGUCUAGCAUCCAUUUCUUGCUCCUUUCUUUUAGGUGUUAAUUUGUUUAGGGUUAAAAAACAUUUGAAAAGAAUCCAACUGGACAACAGGUCACUGGGUUAAAGCAGCUUGGCUCACACAGAAUGCAUUCCUGUGCGAUGUGAGGCCUUUUGUUGCUCCCGUGACACAAAGACACAAAGUAGUGUUACCGCUGCAAGCUCCAUACAAUGCAUCCACACAGUGCAGCCGAGCUGUGCCCCUCGGACUGGCUCCCUGAUAAGUGGUUUAACCUGAAAAGAACAGGAUUGGCAUUUUCCUCCUGACCCAGCUGGACGAGUCACUGGGAACCAGUUGUGGGAUCCUCCGGGCGGCUGGAAAACGAAAAGAACUGUGCUCGCUGAAGUUUUCCAUAUUGGACUGGGAAAGUGUAUUUCUGACUUCUUACCAGGCUCAUGAGUGACACAGCCAUUUACCAACAGCAUCACUUGUACUAAACCUGUAGAAAGACGAGUAGUCGACCAUCACGUAGCGGUCGUAGUGUAGUCGUCUCAUCGAAGUCAUCUCCAGAAAUAACAAGCUGCGUUUGGAGGAAGUUUCCAUUCCUCCUGCGUGAGGUUAGCUCAUUGUUUCCCAGUAGAACCAGUGAUUUAUGGGUAAUGACCUUCUGGCCUGAGAGAAGUGGACGUCGCUCACAGUCUGUGUGAGUUGAAGUGUGAUCAGAACAAAGAAGGAAACUGUUUCCAUGUGUUUGGUUCAGAAAAGCUUCAGAUCACUGCAGCUGAUGAUUGUUUUCUUUAUCAUUGAAUCUACUGAUUAGUGUCAAAUAGUGAAAAAUGCUUUUCACUAGACUUUCUGAGCCAAAACUAAAAGGUUUAAAAACAGAGAAAAAGCAGCAAUUCUACACAUUUAAGAAUUUAACUACUGUUAAAUAUUUAGUGUUAUUGUUUGAUAAAUCAUUUUAAUCAAAUGUCAAAAAUAUUGUUGAUCAAACUUCUGUCAGAAUCACUGAUUGUUUUAGCGUUAGAUUGUCCCCAGACAAGAUCUUUUCUGAAAGUGAAACUUGUAGAAGAAGUUUUUAAUGUUUCACCAAACCAUAACCACACUGCAGAGGAAUCUCCACCUUACAAAGUUUCUUCUUCUGUUCAUAUUGAGGUUGAUGGUUUUAAUCAGUGUUAAUGUUUUCAUAAUGUUCAGAAAACAUCGCUUUCCUCAAACUGCCCGUUGCUGCAGCUCCUCUUUUCAGCCUCUGUCUCAAACACUCCUGUAUCUUUAAGAGACUCCAGACUUCAGUUUGGAGCAGGUCAAAGAAGUAGUUGUUGUGUUUUUCCUAGAUUUAUUUAUUUGUUCUUUUUCAGUUCUGAAUGUUAAACUAGAAACUAAAAGAAGUUCUGUGUUAUUCAUUCUCUGUAUUUGUGUUUCAAAGCGUUUAACCUGAGUCAGGUCACACGACAAUGAUCCUAGUCAUCACUUCACACAGGGUUAGUAACACACAGUACCGUUUCUUUUUAUUAAAUGCACUGGUAUCAGAAUCAAGAAAGAAAUUAUGGCAUCGCAACAUCUGUAGUGCGCAUUUCGCAAAUGUGAGGAAGUGUUGUCCAGAUUGAAGAGGUGUGUCAGGAGAGUCAUUGUUUUCUGUAGGGGAGAGUUACUCCUUUUUACCUGGAGAGUAACUCCCUUUACCAGGAGUAACUCCUUUUACCUGAAGAGUAACUCCUUUUACCUGGAGAGUAACUCCUUUUACCUGGAGAGUAACUCCCUUUACCUGGAGAGUAACUCCCUUUACCAGGAUAGUAACUCCUUUUACCAGGAGAGUAAAUCCUUUUACCAGGAGAGUAACUCCUUUUACCAGGAGAGUAACUCCUUUUACCUGGAGAGUAACUCCCUUUACCUGGAGAGUAACUCCUUUUACCUGGAGAGUAACUCCCUUUACCAGGAGAGUAACUCCUUUUACCUGGUGUUACUCCCUUUACCAGGAGAGUUACUCCCAUUACCAGGAGAGUUACUCCCAUUACCAGGAGAGUAACUCCCUUUACCUGGAGAGUUACUCCCUUUACCAGGAGAGUUACUCCCAUUACCAGGAGAGUUACUCCCUUUACCAGGAGAGUUACUCCCUUUACCUGGAGUAACUCCUUUUACCAGGAAAGUUAGUCCCUUUACCUGGUGUUACUCCCUUUACCGGGAGAGUAACUCCUUUUUACCAGGAGAGUAACUCCCUUUACCAGGAGAGUAACUCCCUUUACCAGGAGAGUUACUCCCUUUACCAGGAGAGUUACUCCCUUUACCAGGAGAGUUACUCCCUUUACCUGGAGAGUUACUCCCUUUACCUGGAGAGUAACUCCCAUUACCAGGAGAGUUACUCCCUUUACCUGGAGAGUUACUCCCUUUACCAGGAGAGUUACUCCCAUUACCAGGAGAGUUACUCCCUUUACCAGGAGAGUUACUCCCUUUACCAGGAGAGUUACUCCCUUUACCUGUUAUUGGGCAUUCCUUUUUUUUUUUUAUCCUCAAAACAAACAAACUUUUUUGUUUUUCAAAACUUCACUGUGUAAAAUGAUCGUACAGAAAACAGAAAUUCAGACCAAUGGUUCCCGAUCACUGCUGGACAGACUCUGGCUUCAAGUGAGGUCCUCAGAACCUGAGUCAUGUUUCAUUCAGAAUGAGGUCAGAGGUCAGAUUAUUGGUGUCCAUUGAAUUGCCGUCUCUGUGUUGGGCCGAGUCUCAAUGUGCCGACUUCAGGUUCUGGUUCUACGCUCUUCUCUUCCUCCACAGAGGAAUCUUUAAUAAUGAUAGGACCAGUCGCUCCAGAGACUGUGGCUGUGACUCAGUGUUCAUGAAAGCUCCCUGUCAGGUUCGGCUGCUCCUCCCACUGUGUUGUGUUUAUUGAUCCAUUUGACUCUGACUUACUGAACGUGUGUGAAGGCCUCAGUCGCGUCCUGAAGCUGCUGCUCACUGUCGGUUUGAACACACAAGAGCAAAUUGGGGCGUUUGCUGGGGACUACUUUCAGCGGCGGAUUAAUCCUCAUCCGGUCUCAGUGCUUCAUCCUCGUGUUGUUGAUUUUCCUCGGAGUCUCACUGCUGUCAUGUCCUGGUUUGGACAGAAGGGGGCGUCGUCUCAUGUCGUCUCAUGUGGCAUCAAAGACUGAAUCUGUCUUCUUCUUUCUUCUCGUUUAUUAUCAGUAUUGUAUUUAUUUCUAAAGUACAGUGUUUUUGACUGAAGGCCACAAUGAACGAAGGCAAAAUGUAGAUUUGUGGACAAAUGCAUUGGAUUCUUGACUCAUGUUGAUGAAAAUGUGAAAAAAAUAAUAAUAAACCAGUAUUACAGACGCUGCUGGUUUGUUCAGUUCUUUGUUCUGUGUUGUCUUCGUUAUAAUGAAGCUGCAGCAGAAAUGUUACCAAAUUCUAAUAAAAUAUAAAUGAAUAGGAAACAACUCAAAAGAACCUGUUUUCUGUCUAAUUUGGUUCUAAUUGAUUUAAUAUGAGUGGAUAAGCAAAUACAACUUUUCUUAUGUUUAUGAAUUUUUUAUAAUGAAUGAGUAACAUUUUAUCUUUUUGACCUCCAGCAGAUUUAUUCCAGACAGAUCGUCUCCUUGGUUCUUUGACGACAUCCUUAAAUAAAUCAAAGUAGGAAUAAAAGGAGAAUCACACGAGUUUCACAUUUUAAUGAUUCUGUUUUACAGGCAAGCUUUUCAUAAAAACAAAACCACUGGGCAAGGCAUGCAUGAAGAUAUGUACAAUUAUCGUAAAUAUUUCGACUUCCAUUUGCUACAAACACCGUCUGUGAAUUCAAUACUGGCCGGAGAGUUCCUCCUGUUCUCGAUGCAGCGUCCCCGGAGCGAGCUUACUUUUCUUUACAGUGACUUUAAAUCCACACACAUGGAAAUGAUCAACAAACUCAAAGUAAACGUGACGUGAAUAUAAGACGUUAAUUCCCUCGAGAAGGAAGAAACAGUCGUGAAAUUGAUCAGAAGCGUUUCGAUAACGUUCAUUUCAAUUCUCC